ACCAGCAAAAAAAGAACACUUUUUUUUUAUAUAUAUAUUGAUGUACCAUUACUCUAUUAGUUUAUUGUGUAGGAUGAUGAUAAAUUCCACGAGUUCGUUUGGAGGACUGGUAAUUAAAUACACAUGAAAAAAAAAAAAUUAAAUACACAUACACACACAAACCUCUCUAUUCGUUGUCUAAACGCGCAUAAACUUUAAAAGACGUAAGAAAUGAUAAAAAUUGAAAGUGAUUAAACAAUGGGAAAAAUGAUAAACCAGUUGUUAAUCAAACAUUCAAACAAACUUAGCUGGCUAAUUUAGAAUAUUUGCAGCUAGAUUCCCACUCUCUUUUUCCCUUUUCUCUUGUUCUUUUCAAUUUCGCCAUUCUUUUUUAUAAAAUUACUUUCUCCGAGUAGGAUUGUAGGAGAGACAACUUCGUCAGACCGAAAAUAAAUCAUCAUCAUUCCUCAUCCCUUCCCGAGCUCAAAGUGAAGAAAGAGAGAUCUAUAUUCAUUACUACUAAUAAAAUACUAAAACUUUUAUUGAGAAUUGAGCCAUAGAGAGAGAAGAAGAAGAAGAAGAAGAAGAAGAAUAGAAGAGAGGGAACGAGAAGAUCUCCAGCGGAUCAGUCCCAUUAAAAGCAUUGGCGGCGACUUGAUUUCAUCUCUCUCUUCUUCCUCCUUUAAUUCCCCUCUCUCUCUCUCUCUCUUUUACUCGCUACACAAAGCCCUUUCCUCUCUCUCUAUCUCUCUCUUACGCAAUUUAGGUUUUGCUUUUCUGUGUGUGUGAUUAUGAUGAUGGGAUUAUCUUUCUGAGGCUUUUUAUUUUCCUGGAAAGUUGAGAAAAGAAAAAUAAAAUAAAAAAAGGAAAUUAGCUUUGAACUUUAUGGUUCCUUUGUUCUCACAGAGAGACAAUAAAUGUGCGUUUGUAAUGGUUAGUUGAGGUGGGAGAAAAUAAAAAAAAAAUCGCGUAGUCCGAGGAGUUGGGUUCUUGCAAAAGGAUAGUGAGGCAAAACAUGGGUUUGGUUUCUCUUGUCUCUCUUCAAACAUCCAUUCCCAUUAAUGGUCUCUCCCUCUUACAACAACAGAGCUCAACUUAAAAGAACCAACUUUUUUUGCCUUUUCUCUAUUCUUCUGGUGUUCUGUUUUGAUUUGAUCUGCUUACAAAGAGAGAGCAAGGCUUUGAGAGCUUUUUGUUAGUAUUAAGCUGCUUCAGAGUCAAACAAACUCGUGUUUUGUUUUGUAAAGAAGACGAAGAAAUAUGAAGUUCAUGAAGUUAGGGUCUAAACCUGAUACAUUUGAAUCUGAUGGCAAAUUCCACAAGCAUGCAGUUUCGGAUCUUGACAGCGAUGUUACUGUUAACGUUGGAGAGGUUACAUUUUACCUCCAUAAGUUCCCGCUGCUAUCGAAGAGCAAUCGGAUGCAGAGACUGGUCUUUCAGGCGAGUGAGGAAAACACCGACGAGAUCACUAUAUUCGACAUCCCGGGAGGACACAAAGCGUUUGAGAUCUGUGCUAAGUUUUGCUAUGGGAUGACGGUGACGCUAAAUGCAUACAACAUAACAGCUGUGCGAUGUGCAGCUGAGUAUCUUGAAAUGACUGAAGAUGUUGAUCGUGGUAACCUCAUAUACAAGAUCGAGGUUUUCCUCAACUCGGGCAUAUUCAGAAGCUGGAAAGACUCCAUCAUUGUGCUUCAGACUACCAAAUCUCUUCUUCCAUGGUCUGAAGAUCUGAAGCUUGUUGGUAGAUGCAUUGAUUCUGUUUCAGCUAAGAUUUUGGUGAACCCGGAGACCAUCACUUGGUCUUAUACACACAACAGGAAGUUAUCUGGACCAGAUAAGAUUGUCGACUAUCAUCGGGAGAAGAGAGAAGAGAAUGUAAUUCCAAAAGAUUGGUGGGUCGAAGAUGUAUGUGAGCUUGAGAUUGAUAUGUUCAAGCGUGUUAUGAGCGCUGUGAAAUCGAGUGGAAGGAUGAACAAUGGCGUGAUUGGGGAAGCUCUUAGGUACUAUGUUGCAAGGUGGUUACCGGAAUCUAUGGAGUCUUUGACAUCAGAAGCUUCUUCAAACAAACAUCUCGUUGAGACGGUUGUUUUCUUGCUGCCGAGAGUAAACAGAGCGAUGAGCUACUCUACUUGCAGCUUCUUGCUGAAGCUCCUUAAAGUUUCGAUCGUGGUUGGAGCAGACGAGGCCGUGAAAGAAGAUUUGGUCGAGAACGUGAGCUUGAAGCUGCACGAGGCCUCGGUCAAGGAUCUGCUGAUCCAUGAAGUGGAGUUGGUUCAUCGGAUCGUUGAUCAGUUCAUGGCGGAUGAGAAACGUGUCUCGGAAGAUGAUCGGUACAAGGAGUUUGAACAUCCGGAACUAACGAAAUCGGAAAAGAAGAGACUCUGCGGGUUAAUGGAUGUGAGGAAACUGACGAGCGAGGCAUCGACGCACGCAGCACAGAACGAGCGACUUCCGUUACGAGUGGUGGUGCAAGUUCUCUACUUUGAGCAGCUCAGAGCAGCAAAUCACAGCCCCGUCGGGUCUGUUGCAGCUUCGUCGCACUCGCCACUGCCGCCGGUGAAGAAAACGGAGGAGAACAAAGUCGUUGUCGGAGAAGAAGAAGAAGAAACGACGAAGAAGGUGGGGCUGAGCAAGAAAAGCAGAGGAAGCAAGAGCACGAGGAGUGGUGGUGGAGCCCAGCUGAUGCCGUCGAGGUCAAGGAGGAUCUUUGAGAAGAUAUGGCCAGGGAAAGCUGAGAGUAGUAACAAGAGCUCUGAGGUUUCGUCUGGUAGCUCGCAGAGUCCGCCGGCAAAGUCGUCGAGCUCGUCGUCCCGUCGCCGGAGACAUUCCAUUUCGUGAAGGGUCUAUGUUGAAACGCUGGGAGAGCAAAUCUGUAAAGAGUUAAGGUAUUAUUAUUAUUAUGGUCAUAUCUUUAUAAGUGGUUUUAGGAUUUGUGGUAGUUACUUAAGAACUGAUGAAGUUUGUGUUCUGUGUUUCUUUCUUUCUUUUUCCAUAAUGUGAAAUCUAGUCGUAAAGAUUCGUUCACACUUUCAUUUAAGACUUUAUAUUUUAUAAUCUUGUAGCUGCCUGACCAAAUAAGUAAAUAACAUUGUAG